AUGGUGAAGAUACCUGAAUGGGACGACCGCGACGCUAACCAUCGUACGGAGGAAGAGUCCUGGGAGGAGAUCUGUCGACACUCAAACCAACACAACACGCCAAUGACUCUGAUAGAGUUAGAAGAAUUCGCCGAGAUCUCAUCCCAUUUGAUACCGCCUACGCCUAACUGUACUAACCAACAACGAAUUCAAAAGGCUAUGAAUAAACUUCGAGAGCUUUACAAUCUGGAAUUCAGGAUGAUUUGCCACAAAUGUGGUACGGGACACUAUCAAGAUGAAGUCACUGCGCCCGAACGCUAA